AUGGCGGCGCCUCCGAGGAAAUCCCAACCGGCGGCCGCGGGGGGAUCAGCCGGAUCUCGCGCCGGCCGGUGGAGGAGGUUUGAGUUCCUUCAUCAGUCCCGCCUCGCCUCCAGGGACACCCUCGGCGGCCUGGGGCGCCACGCCUACACCGCCUCCAAGAACGCCAUCGUCGGCCUCACCAAGAACGCCGCCUGCGAGCUCGGCGCGCACGGCAUCCGCGUCAACUACGUCUCCCCCUUCGGCGUCGCCACGCCCAUGCUCAUCAACGCCUGGCGCCGGGGCCACAAUGCCGGUGAUGCCGACCUCGACAUCACCGUUCCCAGCAAUGAGGAGGUGGUCAGGGGACUCGCCACUCUCAAGGGCAACACGCUUAGACCCAGGGACAUCGCCGAAGCGGUGCUCUUCCUAGCCAGUGACGAGUCCAGAUACAUCUCCGGCCACAACCUCGUUGUGGACGGCGGCGGCACCACCUCAAGAAAUCUCAUCGGGUUGUGA